AUUGCGGAACAGUCUCCCCGUGAAGCGAUGAAGAUGAUGGAAGCAAGAGUCAAGCUGGCCAACUGGGCUCAAACUGGAGAAAUGCCGUGGAAGUCUUCAAGGGAGGAGGUCACAAACAACCAGUCAUCAUCGUACACAAGCUUGCAAGAUGUUCACAGGAAGCAAGAUAGGCAGGCGGCUAAAAGAUCGGAUGGAAACAAAGCGCCGCAAGGCUCUGCAGAAAACAGGUCAAGACGCACUGCUCCUGGCAACGUGAAUGACAGUAACAAAGUUGACAGUGAUGGGUUUGUCAGGCCGGGGGUGGAAGCAGAGAAGUGGAUCAGAUCUAACAAAGUUUCUAAAGUGGGUGGGCAAAACACACCAGGGACUAAGAGAGACCAGGAUUAUUCGGGUGCACACUGGAGCAGAGAGUAUGACUCUGCAUCAUCAGCCGACAGCAAUGUCAGUUUUCACACCCUGGACUUUGAAGAGACCACUGACCAGUGCUCAGAGAGGGAUGCUUACGGCCACACCCCAUGCAAUGUCAAAAGUACGCAUGCGAAAAAUCCCUGCCUGGCGUUAGCGGAGGAG